CCGAAACCGCCUCCGAUGCAAUAAAACAGACGGGAGUGAAGUGAAGACAGAUUUGUCCACUGGUCCUCAAGCAGCCGAAACCACCACCUGAUCCAGAGAAAAAGACAUUGACAACCAUCUAUGCUGAGUGACGAGGAGCAGAUGCCCCAUGUUGCAUUAGUGCCUGUGUGAAAUGCUGGCCUGUCUGCCAGGACCAGGUGACCUGUCCUUCCAGCUUCUCUCCCACACGCAGAUGAACACUGGACUUCAGAAAUGGGACACUACGCAGAAGAUGAGAUCCGCACAGUACCCUACCCCAGCGGAGUUGGAUGCCUAUGCUAAGAAAGUCGCCAACAGCCCACUGACUAUAAAAAUCUUCCCGAACAGCGUCAAGGUUCCCCAGCGGAACCACGUGCGCCGCACCGUGAACGGGCUGGACACCUCGGGCCAGCGCUACAGCCCCUACCCCCCGCAGGCCAGCUCCAAGGCGGGCCUGCUCGCCGUCGUCAAGGUCCCCGCCAAGGGCGUCCUCAAGGACUUCGACGGCAGCCGGGCGCGCCUGCUCCCGGAGAUCGUCAUGAACCCCUCCGCCGGGCCCUACGCCGCGGCGAGCACUUUAAACGUCCCCCAGACUGUCCCCCACCCCCAGGGGCUCCAGCGGCCCCAGGCCUUACCCCACCCGCACCCGCACCCGCACCCGCAGCAGCAGCAGCAGCAGCAGCAGCAGCCGCCGCCCCCCCCACAGGGCAUGCGACACCCUCCAGGCAUGACCCAGCCCCCCGGGCUGCAGCAGCAGCCCCCCCACCAGGGCCUGGCCAGGACCCAGACUCUCCCCCACCCCCCCAGCCUGGCCCACCUGCCGCCCAACGUCCUGCUGCAGCAGCAGCAGCAGCAGCAGCAGCAGCAGCAGCAGCAGCCGCCGCCGGGCCUGCUCGGGAACAGGAAGAUGGCGGACGGAGACGUCCCGCCCAACGUUACCGUGUCUACCUCAACCAUUCCGCUCUCCAUGGCCGCCAGCCUGCACCAAAACCGGCCCAACCUGAGCAGGAUCGUGCACCAGAUCAACCAGUUCUGCCAGGCGGGGGCCCGAAUCAGCACUACCUCUGUGUGCGAGGGGCAGAUCGCCAACCCCAGCCCCAUCAGCCGCAACCUGCUCAUCAACGCCAGCUCCCGGGUGUCCAUGCACCACCCGGCCCCCGGCCUCCUGCCUUCCUGCGCCCACGGGUGCCCCGGCGUGGCCGACCCGGCCGCCGUCGUCGCCCCGGGCCACGCCCCGCCGGGCGCCGUCCCGCACCCCAACAUGAUCGCCGUCAACCACAUGCCCGUCUACCACGCCGACCUGAAGCAGCAGCAGCAGCAGCAGCAGCAGCAGCAGAUCCGCUCCUGGAACCAGCACCAACUCGCCCACCUGCAGCAGCAGAUCUCGGAGGGGGGCCACCCCUGCAAACACCCCCUGCGGGAGCCCCCGGGCGGGCCCGCCUUCCCCUGCAAGGGCGUGAGCUACCUGCCGGAGCUGUGCGUGGGCCAGCCCUACAGCCUGAAGCCCCCCGUGGACAAGCCCACGCCCUCGCCGCCCGUCAACGGGAUGCCGGGCGCCAUGACCUACACCAACGGGCACUACUUUCAGCCGGUGUGGGGCAGCAUCCUGCCCACGCCCAACAGUGACAGCUCGGGGUCUCAGGACCUGGCCAUGCCAUUCCACGGGGGCCCGUCGGGGGCCUCCAUAGACUGCGCCCCAGGGACGCAGUACAGGGCCGGCGCCGGGUCCUCCGGCCAGACUAAUCUGAUGCAAACCAUGGAUUACUUGGGCGGGGACUUCCAGCCGCCCUGCUACCGAGAUCAGAAUCUGGGCAUGGGGAAGAUGCACAGGCCGCCCAUGGGCAGAGUCCCAGAGCCGGGCGACACUAGAAAUACUCAAAUUCAGCACCCAGGGUACAGAUAAGCUACGGCCUUGUCUACAACAGUCACGGAUCUCUUUUAGUCUUAAAAAAUUAAAGGAAUUAAAUUAAUAAAUUAAGUAAAUGACUGCUAACUUAAAAAAAAAGAAGAAUAUAUUUAAUAAGAAGCAGUGUUUUUGUUGUCAGAUCUUCUUGCAAGUGAUCAAUUAGCCUUUUCAGAAUAAUGACUUUUCUAAUCGCUGUCUUGUAUCUUUCUUUAAAAAAUUUCAGAAUUGUUGUCAUUCCCUCUGUAGUUUACCUGCCCAUUUGUGUGCCUGGUUCUUUGCGUAUUUUUGAAUUGUAUGUACUUUGUUGUCUUUCAGACCUUUUUUUUUUCAUGUUUUUAAGAGCAAUAGAUUUACUCUGGAAAUGAAGUAGUCCCUUAUGGAUGCAACAAAAAAAAAAGAAAAAAAAGGUCCAGUAAGAAUGCUGGACUUGCCGGUCCAGUGCUGGGUGUUCUCUGCUUUCACCAGUUAUACUAAUUUGCUGAUUUGCUGACUGUUUUGAAGUUUUCUCUCCGAACCAUUGUGACGUUUAGAUUUGAGAGAAGCUUAAGAACAUUUUCCUCUCAAAUCUCUUUAGAAAAGAAAGAAAAAACGAAACAAAUUAAGCAGAUCAUAUUCAAAUGUAUGUGUAAAAACGUCUGUAGACACUACUGAAACAGGAAAGGAAGUGACUAUUGUGUGCAUAUGUACAAAGAGGCUGUUGAAAGUUUUUUUUUUUUGUUCUUUUUCUUUUAUGAUUAAUUUAUGAAACGCGGGAUUGUUUUGAAUGAAUCUCGUCAAUGUCCAGGCUGGUUUCUCUUUAUCUAAUCAGGUGCUUUUGGAUAAUAGAUAUUUAGAUCCCACCAGGAAUGAACUUGUGAAGCCAACUUUCUCUCAAGCUGAAAUCCUAGGAAGAAUUCAGGGGAAAAAAACUGCUAAGAGAGUAGUGCCAUUUCCUUUUUUUUAACCUUUUAGUUUGUAACAAAUGAAAACUAUUACUUGAAUUGCAGAAAUAUAUGGGGUUCGGUGUGUAUGUUUCGGGAAAGCGGGAGGGGGUGUCUGGGACUGGGGCGGGGUGGGAGGUUGGUUUAGUUCAAAGCAACUAACCAGAGAGGCUAAGGCUGUUUUUUUCCAUGUUACAGUCCAAAAUGUGAACCAAUUCAGUGGUUUGAUUCAGAAUUUUUCUUUUUUACAUGAAACUAAGUCCUAGUUUGCUACUGCUGACCGAAUGAAGUGUGUGCACGAAAAAAAGAGCCAAUUGAUCACUUGCAAGUUUUCUUGGAGGUAAGGAGAAAAAAAAAGACUUUAAAACUAGAGAAAAACAGCAAAUGCAUUGUUUAUUUUAUUGUACACUGGCUUAACUACUAUACUACUGUAACUUUAAAAAAGUGUAUGGAUUGUGUAUGAAUGUUGCCUGUUGGUGUGGGUUUGAGUAAUAUUGUAUGUGGGUGGUUCCCCUGGCAACACCCAAAAACCUGUUUUCCUCCUUCCCUGCAGCCCUUUAAAAAGCCUUAAGUAUUUGGUCCUUGGACUUUUCCUUGAACACAAGCAUGGUAUAGACAAUACAGAGAAGAGGAUGAGAACGACAGUGACACAACUGAACCGAAAAUGUUUUUUUUCGUUUUCUUUUUUUUUUUAACUGAAGUUAUAGUUGAACAGAAGAAAAAAAAACUGAUUUAGAAUUUCCUAAAAUUAUUUAAAAAAAGAAAAAUAUUUUAACGUAAUUGCAUUUUAUAGCUAUGUGUAGUACUGGGCUGUAACAAAUGUCUUUUUCAAAAGUUUCAAAGCUUCAGGUUUGCAAUACGUGACUAUUUAUUACUUGAUUUGCUUGUUAUUUAAAUUGUUUUCUUUUAUUUUCUUUUAUUUUUUAUUUUUAUUUUUAUUUUUUACACUUUUCUUUACUAUUGCUGCAAAAAGGAGUCGAAUCCUUGAGCCUUUCCUUCUGAGUGUUAGACUGUGGCUGUGUGGCAGACAAGACGAGACAGGAGUGUGGGAGUUGUGCUACUUUUUGUAAUAUUGUAAUAAUAAAAUAAAGUUCUAAUUUAUGCUUUGAAAAGGCUGUGCUGCAUGGGUGUUAUCUCCUAAUCUGCCGCUCUGACACAUCCCAGAUCGCACACACCUCACACGAGCCUUUUGACCCUCAGGGUAAUGAGAGAGUGUUGGGUGGGUGGGGGGGGGGGGGGGGGGAGGUGCACUAUCCUUCUGUAAAAACAGUGCUGUUGCUUGUCUGCCCAUUUGAAUUUACCAGCUGGCUGUAGGACUGGCAUAGUCUCCCUGGCAUUUUUUUUGCCCUUUGGUUGUGAGCUUUGGAGCAUGUUUGUUUGUUUUUAUUUUCUCCUUUUUUUUGUUCUGUCUUUUCCUUUUUUCGAAUGAAAAUUUGUUACAGCCCGAGGACAUAAAGAAUGUUGGGUUCAGAGUGAUUCUUGAUAAUUACGACUCAAAGUGCCUCCACUGGACUGAACGAGGAAACGCUGUUUUUCUGUGCGUGUGUGUGUACGGUGUAGCACGCACGCACAAACACCCUGUUGCACCGAAGGUGCAACGUCCACCGUGGGGGCCAAUCCACCUAAAAGGACUGUUGCUGCAUUCAUUAAUAGAAUUCCUGGGAUGUUACGGGUACAACAACAACAAAAAAAAGAAAGAGUAAUACUUUGCGAGUUAUAAUCUCUGACGCUGAAACAUAUCAGUGGCAGGGGCAAAACUAACAACAGACAGCGGAUGUUAAUAAGGUUAAUUUAUAGCCCAAGUCCAUGGGGUUCCAGGCUAAAUUCUGAGCCAAGAGUGGCCCCGCUGGCAGAUUCUCAGUGACGCCUGUGUACCUAAGCACACACCCACCCCCCUCCUCUUGUCAUUUGAUGGCAACAGCCUCUUAGUAACUGAGCUGUUGUACAUGAGGCAUAUUGGAGGUGUCGAUUAAAGGCAUUGGCAGGUAAUGACCAGCCUUGUUUUACCAAUACCCACCUAUUACAUGAGAGUACAUGGGAGUGGGGGGGGGGGUAGUUUCUCCCCCUCCUUCAUUUAAUGAUAUUUUUCUUUCCUUCUGGUUCUCUCCUUUUUUUCCUGACCACAUGUGUGUUGCACAAACAUUCCCUGCUAACCUAACCAAAAUAAAGCCUGACUUGAGUUU